UAUUCUUUGAACGACUUAACUUGUUUUCAAAAUGUCGGUUUCGUGGGAGGAAACUUUGAUGAGAAGUAGAAAAUGUAUAUCUUUUGGUACCUACGAUAAACUCUUCAGUGACAAUUAUUUCAUAUUUGAUGUUAUCAAGCUUUUAUACAGUGAAUCAGUUGAUGAGAAGAUUAAAUUGGAAUUGUUGGUGUUGAUAGAAGAAUUCAGUCAGCAUGCUGGUGUUCAUACUGCGAAUGUUGACCAGAUUGUGCAGUCCCUUUUGGACGUUUGUCAUCAGCUGACAAAGAGAGGAAGAGAAAUCAAUGUUACCAGUCAGAUCCUGACUAUUCUGACAACCAUUCUGAUUCUGUAUGACCAACUGGAUACAGAGGCAUGUCAUUCUACAGUGCAGACUCUGCUAGCAACAAUAUCGAAUGGUGUCAAUGUUACAGAGAGCCGACCCUUACGAUCCACUGCAUGUCAGUGUCUGAUACAGCUAGAAGAUAGUAAACCAGGGCUAUUAUGGAAGGAAAAAGAUUCCCUGAUAAAGCUGAUGAGACAGGAGAGGACUAGUGUUUAUGAGGAUUAUGUCAUGCUUGUCACUCAGAUGCUACAACAUGGCUUCAGUUCCACCAAUGGUAUUGGCACCAAAAGCAGUGAUGUGGACAGAGUUGUCCCUCUUGACCCAGCUGAGUCGAGAAAGAUUGUGUCCCAGAUAAUGGACAAUGCCUCACUAUUUACCCAAGGAGGACUCUGGCACACAGUGCUGGAUCUUGUCAAUAUUGUACAGAAUUACCAUGAAAUAUCUGCUACAAUAUUUAAGCCCAUGAUGCUCCAUUACAUGUCCACAUUUGAUACAGCAUUGCUCCAUCUGGUUGUUUUCAUACAGAGUGAAUUUGAGAAGGAAGUCCUCACUGAUAUAGAAGAAAGGCAGUUACAGAACAGAAUACUGGCAGGACUUAAUCAUCCCUCAUUGACCCCUGCCCAGCGAUUAUUCUAUUGUCACUGGAUAGAGUGCUUAUCACAUGUAACCCUAGAGAAUUCUGAGGAGUGUAUAGGAAUACAAGAUAAACAGCAUCUUGUCUUUUUCCCCAGUGUGUUUGACCCUAUUGACUGUCAACUAGCCAAACUAGGACUUCUUAAUUUCUGCUUUCCAUCCCUGAUCAAAGAGGACAAUGGCCAGGCUGCAGCCAUGCUGCUAGCUGGAGUAGGAUAUCUACAUAAAAUGGUGUGGCAUACAGGAAGUCAGCGAGCUGCUAAAGCACUGUUCCGAGCUCUGUUUUCUAUGUAUCGACGUCACUGUAGCAAGUCUUUCUCUCAAGAUAUAAACAGGUUUUUGAGAGGUUUGAUAUCUGGAUUUCCCUUCUUCAUUCCCCAAGCCCUGGAUUUUAUAGAGAGUCUAAGGGAGAUGACUCCUGACAGCCCUGUGUACUUGGAAAUCCUACGUCUCCUGCAUCAUCAGGUGAUCAGUACUCCACAACAGCAGGCUGCUCAGUACUGCUAUUUCUACCUCCAAGUUCUGAAGAGGGCAUCACUACAACCAGAAAUUUCACCGCAGGGCACUGUCCGGUUUUUGUCAUAUUUAGCAGAGAAUUCUUUAAGUAUUGAUGAAGGAAGUUGGAGAUUAGGAAUUGCCAUCCUUUCAGUCUGUCAGAAUAUCUUAGUUUGUCAUGGAACCAGGGACUUGUAUGUUGACAUAGGUGACUUGCUGUUUUACCUGAUGACUAACUACAGAGACACUGACAUCAAAGAUAAAGCCAGAUUUUAUUAUAUGUUGAUCACCUCAUGUACAGAUGAAAAGAUAUGCAUGAUUAUACAACCUACUACAGACUCUCAGUUUUUUCAUCAUGAAGCCAUUUCUAAUUUACUGCCAAAUAACAAAGCUAGGGGUCACAGUGAUGUGAAAGAGCUUGAAAAGUCUAUUUUUUGUCUAGAAAAAUUAAAGGUUCAGGCAGAAACUUUUCCAGAUAAUGAUUAUAAAGAUUCAGAUAAUGAAAGUACUUGUGAUCUUAAGGCUUACUACAAUAGCCUAAGGAAGAAUAAAACUGUAUUGAAAACUGUCCACAGAAUAUCACUGAUUGAAGGACCUACAGAAGUCCUUGCUAUGUGCAUAUACUUUAAAGAUGAUUCCAGCUGUCAGCCUUUGAAAGAAGUUAGAUUUCCCAGAAUGACAAAACAAGUAGAAUAUGAAUUUGAUCUUGACAUCGUUCCCAUAAUUCCACUGUCAACAAAGAUAAUCACAAGAUGUGAGUUUGUUGAUGGAGACCAGACAUUCUGUUGUCGGUUGACAGACACUGUUGUAGCUAUAGAAGACUUUUUUAUUCCUCUACCAUUAGAGAUUACCUCCCCUACAGAUAAAGACAGUGAUUUCCAAACUCUUUGGGAUUGGCUGGCAGAGGACAGCAGACAAGAUGGCUCUGCCUGUUUAGAGUCUGUGAUCACAGUGCAGAAAUCCCUGUUAUGUUUUAUGUCCUCUUUAAAACCUUGUCUGAGGGCCUGUCAAAUCUCAGCUGGUGCUGACAUUGUAAAGUAUGGAGUGUUUCUACCUCCCACCUAUCAUCUUCUGAUGAGAGUGACACCCCAGCGUGAUUAUGUUGUUUUGAGGUUAAUCACAGACUUUUACCAGAGUUUGCUAUAUAUCAAAGAACUACUUUGAUUUGAAAGUGGCACUGUAUCAUUUAUGUUAAUAACGCAAAAUUACACAAAUAAAAUGACUGUAGAAGACUUUCAAGGUGAAUGAAACA